CCGGUCAGCCACCGGCGGCGGCCGCGACUUCCCCUCAGGAAGCCCGGUCUCCGCCUCCUCCCCCCCCCCACCCCGCCCGCUCGGUGGCGGCGGCGGCAGCGGUUGUCCCUGCCUCUCCGCCACCUCCACCUCGGCCUCUCUCGCGGCCGGCGGCGUUGGCGGGGAGGGGGAACAGUAGUUGUAGACGCCCGCCCCUGCCUCAGAGAAGACACCACAGCAAAUGAACAAAGAUUUGAACAUUUUAUAGAUACCUUUUAUAAAAGGUAAAUGUGGAGCAGUGCUUCAGUUUGAAUCACAGAGGAUUUCACUUUAUGAGCGAUCCUCAGAGGAUACUCCUGGCUCUGCACUCAGAAAUUACUCCUGUCAGUGCUUGGGGACCAUAUGGGAUGCCAGGUAUUGAAUCCAGGUAAAUGGGAGUGGACUAUUGAUCUAAACUAAUUUUGUCAUCUCACAUCAUGGUUUUUAACUCCCCAGUUGUUACACAGACUCACUAUUUGGAUAAAUUGUAUGCUAAAACACUGAAGCAAUUAAUAAGUGAAUAUGAUCAGAUUUCUCCACCAAGUUCUCAGCCUGAUAAGGAGAAUCUCUCGUUGUCAACCUAAUGAAGCAUUCAAUGAAGACAUAUGACUCUUUUCAAGAUGAACUUGAAGAUUAUAUCAAAGUGCAGAAAGCCAGAGGCUUAGAGCCAAAGACUUGUUUCAGAAAGAUGAGAGAGGACUAUUUGGAAACCUGUAGAUACAAAGAAGAGAUUGAUCAUAGACCCAGGUAUAGAAUGUUUGAUCAAAGACACCCAUCUGGAACUGUCCAGACCUACCCAAGAUCAUGCUCUAGUUCACAAACAGUGGAAAACCAGUUACCACAGUGGCUGCCUGCUCAUGACAACAGGCUGAGAUUAGACUCACUGAGCUAUUGUCAAUUCACCAGGGAGUGUUUCUCAGAAAAAGCAGUAGCCCUGAACCCUAGUCAGCAAGAAUAUAACUCUAGCUCAUACAGUGUAGAAUCUGGAGUUCAUAAGCAUCUCUCCCCAGAAAAUAAUACCAGUGCCCAUCAAGAUAGUCAUAAAAAGAUACAUCAGAAGAGAAAAAGACAUACAGAGGAAAGCAAAGAAAAACCCAAAGAGGAAAGGCUUAAGCAUAAGGAAAAAAAAGGUUUUGAGGAAAUAGAUUUAGACAAACACAAAGGCUACCAAAGAAAUAAAACAGAGUUGGAAACAGUCAAGGUCAGUACUGAAAAACUUAAGAAUCGAAAGGAGAAGAAAAGUCGAGAUGUAGCCUCUAAGAAAGAGGAACGUAAGCGUAGAAAAGAGAAAAAGGAACAAGGCAAAGAAAGGACAGAUGAAGAAAUGCUUUGGGACCAGUCUAUCCUUGGAUUUUGAAGCUCUUGAAUUGGUACUCCCAAGGUUCAGUUGAAAACUAGUUGAGGAACUUGGUUUUAAGAUGUUCAUGUUCAUAUCAUCUUCCUCAUGUGAACAGGUACUUUCACUUCUAACAAAGGCCAAGUUAGCAAGAAGUAGAUGCUUACUCUCCAUCAUGGAAAUUAAUUUAACUCACAUUCUAAAAGCAUUAUUAUAUUUUUCUCACAUAUAGUUUCCCCUAUUGAGAGUGGCUCUUUUAUUCAUCAAAUUUCUAUAAUGGUGGAAGUAUUUUUUCCUUGGGAGGUUAUUUUAAAUCGGAAGAUUAAUAGGCUGUGCAGAAUCUAUUUCUUGAUUGGGUUUGUUUUCAUUUUGGGUGGGGUAGUUUUAUAUUCAUUAGUUUUCUCUAUGAAAAAAUUUAGGUUGAUUUUUUCGUUGUUACAUCUAACUUGCAGUGUAUUUUCUAGAUUGGGAAAUGGAAAAUUAAAUACAUUACAAUAAUAAACCUAGGAUACAAUAGUUCAAAAAGUUUCAAAGUUAACAUUCUAGAAGUCAGUUUAUAUUCCAGAAAUAUUUAUAAUAAAAUGUUCUAAUUUCUACAUUUCAUUAUUCUGUGUCAAUGAUCUGUUCCCAUUCAAAAGUGAUUUUUCUUUGAAAAGAACAGUAACAGUUUGUAGCUAAGAGGCAAUGUCUUCUGUGUAAGUCUACUAUAUAGUUAUAAAAGGAUCCUUUAUAUUCUGUACCUUGUUUAUUUAUAUUUAAACCCACUUUGAGAAAAGGAAUUUAUGAGUGCUACAAUUUUUUCUGAUAGAAAAAUUUAAAGAAAUAAAAUGCCACUAGAUUA